AUGUUCGGUGCAUCAGUUUCUUCAAUGUACGGAUCUCCCAAUGGAAAAAGUAUGCAAUCACAAACAUUGAAAAGGUAUUUAUCACAACCACAUAGUCCGAAACGAAUAAUCAAAAAAUGUGCAUUCGAUAUUGAAUCUCUAUUAAAACCGACAAAUAAUUCCAGUUACAUCGAUGAUACGGAAGAUGGUUCAAGUGACGAUGGUCAUGCACAAUUCGAAUCAUCGUUUUGUACUUCAUCACCUAUUUUAUCAUAUGCACUUUUUAACCAGUUGAAAACCAAUGAAAACUUCGCACUGUCGUCUUCAUUUGAAUCUGAACAUUGCACUAUGCAAAAGAAGUGCAAACGUAUUCGCACGAUAUUCACUAGUGAGCAAUUAGAGAGACUCGAAGCAGAAUUUGAAAAACAACAAUAUAUGGUCGGCAAUGAACGGUCUUAUUUAGCAAAGAAACUUGAUUUAAGUGAAGCGCAAAUCAAGAUUUGGUUUCAAAAUCGACGUAUUAAAUGGCGUCGUCAAACAAUGGAUAAUCAUCAACAAUGA